ACAAUAGACACCGUCCCCGCCGCCCCCGUUCUUGACCGAGCGACCAACCCGCCCCUGGCAAUUGGACGUGUCUGGUUCUCCCGCUGCCAUGUCUUUCGACCAUCGCCUCGCCGAGAAUCACAGCACAGACCACAUAGGCCACUCCUACAUGUACCAAACGGGCGACCCCCAAGAUGGACAAGCAGACGCCCGAGAUCCCGACAGCGCUCAUGACAGUGACCCUGAUGACUCUGGCUACGGUGAAUCGCUGACGAGCGUCGCCACGCGACUGAGCGCACAUCUGCCCACGCACGAGUACCGCCAUGGCAGGCGAUACCACGGCCUCCAGGCAGGGGCCUACAACUUCCCCAAUGAUGAGCUCGAGCAGGCUCGUCUGGACAUGCUGCACUACCUCUUCACCACCUUGAUGGGUGACAAGCUCCAUCUGGCCCCCAUCCCCCCCGAUGCGGCCGUGCUGGACAUUGGCACGGGCACGGGGACAUGGCCCAUUGCGUUUGGGGAUGCCAAUCCUGCUGCGUCGGUCGUGGGCGUCGACUUGAGCCCCAUACAGCCCAUGUGGGUGCCGGCCAACGUUCGCUUCGUCGUCGACGACGUGGAGAUUGACUGGGCAGAUGACAUGUACGACUUUAUCCAUUGCCGGUACAUGGCAGCCUCGGUACGCGAUUGGCCUGGACUCAUUCGCAAAAUGUACCGACAUCUCAAGCCCGGCGGCUGGCUCGAGCUGGCCGAGUCGGAGAACGUGGUGUACGCCUCCUCCGCAGACGGGUCACGGCAGCCGUUGUUGCCGGGACAUCCGCUCAGGAGGUUGAUGGAUGGACUCUCAGAGGCGUGCGAUCGCAUAGGACGACCCUUUGACCCAGCGCCCUCGUUCCGUUCGUGGUGCGAGACUGUUGGGUUCGUCGAUAUUCAACAGCAGGAGUUCCCUUUGCCUAUCGGGUACUGGCCGCAACAUCCACGAUCGAGAGAGCUGGGCUCACUUAUGGUGGUCAACUUUGCCGAGGGUGUCGAGGCGUUCACCGCCGCCCUGUUCACGGAUGUACUUGGGUGGAAGGCGGACGAGGUGAGGCGGCUUAAUGAGGAGGUUCGAGACGUGGUGGACGGGGAAGGCGACGACCACCUGAUGUUUCGAUACUUUGUUGUCACAGCGCGGAAGCCUUUAUAGCAUAGCUACGUCAAAGGCGAGCAGCUCCUCUGCCUGGCAGAGUAGUUUGGUGUUGAGGGACAUGGUGUAGUGUUGUUGAUGGUUUGAUGUAGGCUUGUGUCCGCUCACCUAAGUGAGGGAUGGAGAAAGAAAUGAUGUAGAGGUCUUAUUCAGAUCGUCUCCUCUGGCCUGGGCCAGGUAGCGCAGAAUUGCUACCAAUUGUAGCGUUAUGCGGAUCUCAUCAGUUGUGUGUAAAGUGGU